AGUGGGUGAUAUUUCAGGAAGCAGAAAGAGCUUGGUUGCAGUUGCAGUUCCUUAACAGCACUUCUUUGCAAAGUCAGUGAGUUGUGCAGAGUGACACAAGUCUCCUGCUGUCCUCACGGAGAGUCCACAGGAAGCAGACACUGACGUUGCUUGAGGACACUGCUCUGACUCCAUCCUACGAAAAGGUGUGAGGAGUAGGACCAUGCUUGGUGUUUGUCAGUCCACAGAACAAGACCUACAAGAACGCAAGACAACAUGACUAACCUGAGAAAGCAGAGGACUUGAUUUAAGGAUAUCUGGCAUUGCCAGAGAUGCUUCAACUUUUCAGCUGUAGCAUGGGGAGAAUGGUACAUAUGCCUUUUAACAGAGCUUUGAGAUCAACUGAAGAAAGGUACUAGAAUAUGUACAAGGAAGAUUUCAGGAAUAUGACUGAAGAAAAUAUGGCUAACAAUGGCUCCUCCUCUUCCUUCACCCACACGAACUCCAUGAGUGCCAUCCUGAUUACUGUCUACUCAGUUGCCUUUGCUGGAGGUGGGAUAGGGUCCAUUGCAAUGUCAUUUGUGCUGGUCAAGAUGAACACUCUGUCUGUGACCACUACAGCCAUCGUUAACCUGGUUGUGGUGCAUGGUCUCCUUCUCCUCACAGUGCCCUUCCGCCUGCACUACUAUGUCAACAAGGAGUGGGUCUUCCAGAUGCCAUUCUGCAAAAUGGUGAGUGCUAUGGUGCACCUCCACAUGUACCUGACCUUCCUAUUCUACGUGAUUACUCUGGUGAUACGGUGGCUGAUCUUUUUUCAAUGGAAGGAUAAGGUAGAGUUUUAUAGGAAGCUGCAUGCCAUUGCCGCAAGCAUUGCCGUGUGGAUCUUCGUCAUUGUCUUUGUGGUGCCACUCUUCUGCAUUGAGUAUGGACGCUCAGGGACAUAUGAUAAUAAAACAUGCUUUAAGUUCCACAAAGAGCUACAGCAGGACAGUGUGAAAAUCCUGAACUACCUAGUAAUUGUGGCCAUCGCCUGUAUUACUUGUAUUCUCUUGAGCUUGCAGAUUUUCAUUCUGAUAAAAGUGUCAAGAAAAUUCUCCACCUCCCUCUGGUCACACCAAGAGUUCUGGGCCCAGGUGAAAAACUUGAUUUUCAUCUGUGUCAUCAUAAUUUGCUUCCUUCCCUAUCAUCUCUUUAGGGCCUACUACAUACGGCAUGUGAAUGACUAUGAACAGUUAGAAAGCUAUAAUGAAGUUUUUUUAAGUCUGACUGCACUCAGCUGCCUGGAUCUGCUGUCAUUUGUGCUGAGCGGAAGCCGCCUCUUCAAGCAAAAUGUGGCUGUGCUUCGAAGCAGGUUGCCUUGCUGCUAGCACCAACCACCUGCAGCACACAGACUGGUGGAGCAUGGUGCUGGACAGAUGAAGCAAACCCACUUCCCAGAAAGUCGUGGUGGGCCCUGGAAACAACAUAACACACUCAUGCAGGGCUCUGCACAUCUCCUCCCCCCCAAAAAUGGGGUGAUCCACCACCCACAUCUCAGCUUGUAAACUGGAGGUCUGCCUCUGGGAUCUCCUCACAGUGAUACCUAGCAAGUUGUGGAUACACCCUGAGGAGUGGGGAGAAAUGGCAUGAGCCCAUGGCUCACAGAUUUUCCUUCUUUUAGAUCAAGCUUUGUGAAAUCUGAGGCACUAGAAUGAGACUUAAGAGAACUCGCAAAGUAUGUAGAAACACACACACACACACAGUUUUUCUAGGGAAUUAAGGACUGCAUUUUUGAAAUUCAAAGAUCUAUAUUGUUUUCCACAUACAUUUCUUAUUUAUUGCCUGCAAGCAUAAAAUAUCGGUGAAACUUCGUUCUGCUUCUUUCUACUUCAACAUCUCUUGCUCAUCAGACAGCAAUAAAAUAACAAUUGGUAUAUCUUGCUGUACCUGUAUGAUCUUACUGCCAUGCUCAUUGCUUUUGUCCCCAACAAAGAGCAAUGUCCAAGAUGGUUCCCAUCAGGAAUCAUCAGACAGGAUCCCAUCUCUUCCAUAUUCUUUCUUCCUCAUCUUCCUUUCUGCUUCAGGCUCCACUAUAUCCCUUAGGAGGUUUGAUUAUGAGAAAAUAUUUUCAGGUCAGAGACUGAGUACUGCUAUAUAACAACAAAAGUUGGAAACCACUGAAGUUCAUAACACAAGAGAUUUGUGGGGAUACUCACAUGGCCCACCCUUGACAAAGUGCCUGAACAACAGAGGGAAAUGUGAGAGUUUACAGUGUAUGUGAAUUUGAGACAAAACUGUCUGAGAAAGUGUUUGCCCCAAAAUAAUUAUGUUAAAACAAAGUAGACCACCAGCCAGAUUAAACAGUAAUUGAGGAACUACAGAGACAUUUAAAACAUGGAAUGAAUCAGUUUGAAUGUGUAGUUCACUGACUGCCAGUUAAUUAUGUGUCAUUAAAAAAGCAAUAAAUUUUUGGUUUAAAAGUACGUUAAGCAGUUUUACCCUGCAGCAGAAGACAUGAUUGGGAUCAAAAGGUUAUAGUAAGUGGAGUUAUAUCAGGGUGGUGGUCAGUCACUAGAGGGAUUCCCCGGGGCUUCAUUUUAGGGCCAGUUCUCUUCAAUGCUUAUGUAAAUGAUCUGGAUGCAGGACAUAGAAUCAUAGAAUCAUUUAGGUUGGAAAAGAUCUCUGAGACAGUCAAAUACAACUGUUAACCUAGCACUGCCAAUUCUAGCACUAAACUAUGUCCCUAAACAACACGUCUACACAUCUUUUGAACGCCUCCAGGGACGGUGACUCAAUUACAUGCCUGGGGAGCCUGUUCCAAUGCUUUACAACCCUUUCAGUGAAGAAGAUUUUCCUAAUAUCCAACCUAAACCUCCACUGGUGCAAAUUGAGGCUAUUUCCUCUUGUCCUAUUGCUUGUUGCUUCCCCUAAGCCUCCUUUUUCUCUAGGCUAAAUAAUUUAAUGCAUAAUAGUUAAUCUUAUAGAUGACACUAAAUUAUAAAGAGCUGUUGAAUCGCUUAAGGGUAGAAAGGUCUUGCAGAUCUUGAAAGAUCUUGACAAACUGCAAAGAUGGGUAGUCACCAGCCAUAUGAAGUUUGACAAGAGCAAGUACUGGACUUCGUACCUGGGAUGGGGCAGCCUAGCUAUACAUAUAAAAUGGGCAAUGAGAAGUUGAAAGCAGCCCCGUGGAAAGGGAUUGAGGGGUUCUGGUCAACAGCAAAAUGAACGGGAGUCAUCAGUGUGCCCUGGCAGACAAAAGACACCUCACUUCAAGUACUGUGUGCAGGUUUGGGCACCACAAUGUGAGGAAGGCCAUCCACCAUUAGAGAGUGUCCAAAGGAGGACUACAAAGAUGGUGAAGGGUCUAAAGGGCAAAACAUACGAAGAGAGCCUGAAGUCACUUAGUCUGUUCAGUCCAGAGUAGAGCAGGCUGAGGGGAGGCCUCAUGGCGGCCUGCAGCUCCCUCGGGAGGGGAGCAGAGGGGCAGACGCUGAGCUUUGCUCUCUGGGGACAGCGACAGGACCCAAGGGGACGGCAUGGAACUGGGGCAGGGGAGUGUCAGGCUGGGGGUUAGGGAAAGGUUCUGCACCCAGAGGGUGGUCAGGCACUGGAACGGAAUCCCCAGGGAAGUGGUCACAGCACUGAGCCUGUCAGAGUUCAAGAAGUAUUUGGACAACGCUCUCAGACAUAGGGUUUGAUUUUGGGGUGGUCCUGGUCAGAGCCAGGAGUUGUAUUUGAUGAUCCCUGUGGGCCCCUUCCAACUCAAGAGAUUCAGUUAUUCUAUGGUACAUUUAUAUUUCCUCUUAUAGCAACCUUGUUGGUGGAUGGAAAUGUCUUACAUGCAUUCUGUAGGCACUGCAUACCUUUGUAACACUAUAUUACAAACUUUUUUUUUUUUUUGCAAUAAAGUUGUUAACACACAAAAUAUCUAUUUGCUCAAAAAGUUAAAUAAAUAAAGUUUGAAAAAUAAAACACAUA